ACUCAAAUGAUGCAGCUGCAGCACCACCUACCAGCUGCCCGGAAUUCGCAUAAACUGCACAAGCAACACAGCGCUUCUUUUCCCCGGUUCCACCAUUUGCACAGUGACGCGAAAAAAUGUCACCAAAGAGAAGGGCAGAUCCAUCCACCACAAUAAAUGGGAAAAAGAUGAAGGAAGAGCCUGAAACGACAGGGAACACGUAUUGGUCAAACAAAGAGACAUUGAAACCUUCGAUGCUACAGAAUGACAAGACUACAGUGCACGAGCAGUGCCACCUGCCUCCCGAGAAUGAGCUUAUUGGCUUUGAGGAUGAAGAGGAGUUGUCCUACUGUCAUGAAAUGAGAACAGACACUUUAACCCUUUUGAUGAAAAUUGAGAAGUUACAAGCUGAACUGAAAUAUGAAAGACAUUGUAGAAUGAUGGCUGAGAAGGAACUAAAAGAGUGUAAAGAGAUGAACAACCUGAUGGCCCAAAUGAGAGACUCAAUCUUUGAGCUGAGGUCUGUCCUGGACCAUGCCCGACAGGAGACAGAGGACAUUCAGACUGAAGAGGGGGACUCUCUUGUUUGUGUUUUGGACGAGGGACUAAGUGAGAUACCUGAGCACACCAUCGAGGAAGAUAAGUUCACUGAACUACCCGGAGGGCUGAAAGUUCAGAGCAGUCUAUAUAAUCGAAUUUCAGAAACAACGGACUUCAAAAAAUACACCUCUGCGCUGUUGAUGCUGGUGUUCAAUCGAGAAACUUUGGCCACUCAUUCACUACAGGGAAGAAAGUCAUCCAAUUCUAAAGAGGACUUCCAAAAGCCACCACUACCCCCAGAGGCAUUGGCAAAUAUCAUUGAGCACGUGAAGAUUAAAUUUGGUGUAGACUCCAGCUUAAUCCGAGCUGCUAUCAGGACCAAAUUAAACAAUGAAGACAAAAUGCUAAAGAAGAGACUGCGUCCUUUUUAAAACAUACAGGGUACCCUACAUCUAAAGAAGCAGAAACCACCUCUUACUCCAGUAAAGUAUAUGGGUGUAAAUGUUAUUGACAUGUGUCUGCAAACAAUCUAAGAUAGAUGUACUCUUAAUGCCAUCAAUUAAUGUGUUGUGUAUCAAACAUAACUGUUCAUACACAUUUAACAAUGUCUCUUUGUAAACAUAAUUUACAUUAUUCUCAAAGCGUUUUGUGUUGGUGAUUGCUUUGGCAAUUAGAAUAAAGAGACUGAUCAGACUUCGUAUCAGUUUUGAUAUGCCACAUAUGUGCUGAAAAGCAAAGUCCCUUUUCUUUGGGUUUCAGUGGACUUGGAGACUCUGAGUAAUGCCUGAGUAAUGAUUAGGAAUGGUUAACAGUUCUGUUGAGGUGUAUUCUUCAGCAUUAACAGGUUUUCGUAGGAUAAUUAAAACCUACCCGAGUCAUGCAUUUUGUAUUGUGGUGUAUGUAAAAAAGGAGUCAAAUAAAUGAGAAAAUAUA